AUGUCUGACACCACUGACAACGCUAACAAUCCCAACAAUUUGAUGUCGAAAUUCCAAAAGCUUCAAUCUGAAACCAAUGAAAUUCAAUCCAUUUUUUCCAAGCAAUCUUCAUUCGACGUGACAAGUCUCUCUGGAAACAAAAUGCUUAAAGAUUUAUAUGAAUCAAUGAUAAAUCGUGAGAAUGAACAAAAUAAGUUCAAUGAAGAACUAAUGAAGACGAUGAAGGAUCAGAAUAAAGAACUGAAACUUCAAUCUGAGCAAGUGUUGAAAGAGAUUCGAUCGAUAAAAUCAGAUUUGGAAGAAUUGAAAAAUCAAUAUCCAUCAGAGAUACAGUCAAUGAAGAAAUUGAUGAGUGUUCCGGAUUCAGUUGAUUCAUCGUUACUUCCAGAUACUUCAGUGAAUAAUGAUACAUCAGCAAAUGUCAUUGGAAAGGAAUUUGUGUUCAAACAUGUUUUCGAAAAUGUUUCAGAAAUCAGCACGAGCCCAGUUUACAGCGAAGAAGAGGAACAUUUCAAUAUUCCGUGUACAGGAUGGAAUAAAUUUGUUGACUGGGAAAUCUUGGAAAAGGACUAUGUACGGGAUGGAAAAUUAAGAGCAGAAAUUCGUGUCAAAAUUACUAAAACAACUGGAUUAUAUGGGAAAUCAUUGAGAAAUUUCGAUGAAAGAAAUAAAGCAUUUUCGGAUGUUGUGAUUGUAGUCAAAGAGACGAAAUUCUAUGUAUUCAAGUUGCAUCUCGCUGCUCAAUCCGUCUACUUCAAGUCGUUUCUAUCAGAGAUAUCACCGAACGGAAAAGUAGAACUCAGCGAUAUUGAACCAGAAGAUUUUCAAGUCUUUUUGGAAGUUUUGUACGGAGAACCUGCGAUUAAUGAAAAGACAGUGGAAGUUGUUCUCUACAUGGCUGAGAAGUACGAUACACACGCUGUUACUAAGAAAUGUGAAGAAUUUCUUAUCGAUGGAUCUGGGAAGAAAAUGAAGAAGAAAUUGCAGUUAGCGACCAAGUACAAGUUGGAGAAAUUGAAGGAACACUGCUUGGACAAUAUCAAUACUGCCGCAGAUAUUCGAUCGGUAAUAACAUCAGAAAUUAGUUAUAUGGAACCGUCGACAAUGACAUCACUAUUCCAGAAAUCCCUGGCUCUUCUUGAAUAG